AGGGGAGGCUGCAGGAAGCGGCGGAUCCGGCGGCUGUGGCCGUGGCCCCAGUGGCCGAGCUCCUCCUGCCAUGGAGACCACAGCGGCCCGCGAGGCCCGGGGGGCCGAGGCCCCACGCCUGCCCGCGCCCCCGCCCUCGCCCGCCGAGCCCCCGGCUGCGUCCCCCACCUCGGCCGCGCCCCGAACCCGCCCGCGCCUCGUCUUCCGCACGCAGCUGGCUCACGGCAGCCCCACGGGCAAGAUCGAGGGCUUCACCAACGUCCGCGAGCUUUACGCCAAGAUCGCCGAGGCCUUCGGGAUCGCGCCCACCGAGAUCUUAUUCUGCACCCUAAACAGCCACAAAGUGGACAUGCAGAAACUCCUAGGCGGCCAGAUAGGGUUGGAGGACUUUAUCUUUGCCCACGUGCGCGGCGAGACCAAAGAGGUGGAGGUCACUAAGACUGAGGACGCCCUGGGACUGACCAUCACUGACAACGGGGCUGGCUAUGCCUUCAUCAAGAGGAUCAAGGAAGGCAGCAUCAUCAACCGGAUCGAGGCAGUGUGCGUGGGCGACAGCAUUGAGGCCAUCAACGACCACUCAAUCGUUGGCUGCCGCCACUACGAGGUGGCCAAGAUGCUCCGGGAGCUGCCCAAGUCGCAGCCUUUCACCCUGCGCCUGGUUCAGCCCAAGAGAGCCUUCGAUAUGAUCGGCCAGAGGAGCCGGAGCAGCAAAUGCCCCAUGGAGGCAAAAGUCAGCAGCGGGAGGGAGACCCUGCGGCUUCGGUCUGGGGGGGCCGCCACUGUGGAGGAAGUGCCUAGUGAAUUUGAGGAGGAGGCAUCUCGGAGGGUGGAUGACCUGCUGGAGAGCUACAUGGGCAUUCGGGACCCAGAGCUGGGUAAGGGGCCAGGCGUCAACCAUGGUGGAGACAUCCAAGAAGACAGUGAGUGUCCAGGAGUUUGCACGCCAUUUAGACUCCGUUUUGGGCGAGUUCGCCUUCCCGGACGAGUUUGUGGUGGAGGUGUGGGCCGCCAUCGGCGAGGCCAGGGAGGCCUGUGGCUAGUCUGCCCCGGGGCCGAGCGCAGCCCCAGCCCAGAGCCCAGCCCCCUGUCCCAGCCCUCCCGGCCAGUUCCCCAAGCCCAACCCUGCUCUGGAGUCCAGAAGCCCAGAUCUGAGACCCAGCCCUGCUCUAGAACCCAGCCCAGCUCAGAGACCAAACUCAGAUCUGAGACCCAGCCCUGCUCUAGAAUCAAUACCAGUUUUGAGACCAAGCCGAGCCCUGAGACCCAGCCCUGCUCUAGAACCCAGCUCAGCUCAGAGACCAAGCCCAGAUCUGAGACUGGUAUCACCUCUAGAACCCACACCAGUUUUGAGACCGAGCCCGGGCCUGAGACUCGGCCAUGCUCUAGAACCCAGCUCAGCUCGGAGACCAAGCCCAGAUCUGAGGCUGGUAUCACCUCUAGAACCCACACCAGUUUUGAGACCGAGCCCAGCCCUGAGACUUGGCCACGCUCUAGAACCCAGCUCAGCUCAGAGACCAAGUCCAGAUCUGAGACUGGUAUCACCUCUAGAACCCACACCAGUUUUGAGACCGAGCCCAGGCCUGAGACUCGGCCAUGCUCUAGAACCCAGCUCAGCUCAGAGACCAAGCCCAGAUCUGAGACUGGUAUCACCUCUAGAACCCACACCAGUUUUGAGACCGAGCCCGGGCCUGAGACUCGGCCAUGCUCUAGAACCCAGCUCAGCUCGGAGACCAAGCCCAGAUCUGAGGCUGGUAUCACCUCUAGAACCCACACCAGUUUUGAGACCGAGCCCAGCCCUGAGACUUGGCCACGCUCUAGAACCCAGCUCAGCUCAGAGACCAAGUCCAGAUCUGAGACUGGUAUCACCUCUAGAACCCACACCAGUUUUGAGACCGAGCCCAGGCCUGAGACUCGGCCAUGCUCUAGAGCCCAACUCAGCUCGGAGACCAAGCCCAGAUCUGAGACUAGUAUCACCUCCAGAACCCACACCAGUUUUGAGACUGAGCCCAGCCCUGAGACUUGGCCAUGCUCUAGAACCCAGCCCAGCUCAGAGACCAAGCCCAGAUCUGAGACCAAAUUCACCUCUAGAACCCAUACCGGUUUUGAGACCAAGCGCAGCCCUGAGACCCAGCCCUGCUCUAGAACCCAGCUCAGCUCAGAGACCCAGCCCAGAUCUGAGACCCAGCCCUGCUCUAGAACCCAGCUCAGCUUGGAGACGAAGCCCAGAUCUGAGACCCAGCCCUGCCCUAGAACCCAGCUCAGCUCGGAGACCAAGCUCCCCUCUAGAGCCAAGGCCAGCUCUGAGACCAAGCCCUGCUCUGGAACCCAGGCCAGCUCUGAGGCCCAGUUCAUCACUAGAAUCCAAGCCAGUUCUGAGAUGCAACCCAGCUCCAGAACCCAGCUCUCCUCUAGAACCCAGGACAGCUCUGAGGCUAAGCUGAGCUCUGAUAUAAAGUCAAAUUUGGGAACCCAGACAAGUUUUAAGAGCCACCUCAGCUCUGAAAUCAAUCCUAGUUCUGAAAGCCAGGCCAGCUUUAUGACCCAGCCCUGCUUUAAAACUCGACCCAACUCUGGAACGCAAGACAGCUCCAUGACCCAGCUGUACCUGGAUACCUGGUCUAGCUCAGAAACGCCAGUUAGUUCUGGAACCCGGGUGAGACUUGAGAAGCAGCCCAGUUCCAGAAGCCACAUCAGCUCAGGAUUCAAAGACAGUUCCCAAACCCUACCCUAUUCUCAUGCCCAGACCAGCUCAGGAACUCAGAUGCAUGCUGAAGAGCAGUCCAGGUCCAGACCCCACCCACAUACUGGGGCCCAGUCCAGCUCCAAUGAUGAGUCCAGCUCAGAGACUGAGCCCAGCUCUAUACCCCAGACUAGUGCAACAAGCAGGCCUGUCUCCAGAAUUCAGACAAGCUCUGGACCCCCAUCCAUCUCUGGGGCAAGGCCCGCCUCCAGAGCUCCACUUGAUGCCAAGCCCCGCCCUCACUGCAGAACACAGAGCAGCUCUAGAACAUCAUCCAGCUCUGGGACCCAGACAGACUUCAAGGCUUGGCCAAUUUCCAGAGUUCAGUCCAGCUCAGGCACCCCACCCAGCUCCAGAACUCAGCUCAGUUCUAGAGCACAGGCUGGCUCUGAAAUCCCAUCCAGCUCUAAAACACAGUCAAUUGCUGAGACCCAUUUGAGUUCCAGAAUCCAGCUAAAGUCUGGUCCUGGGACCCAGACCAAUGCAGCAACAGACUUAAGCUCCACAGCUCUGUCAAGCUCUGAGAGCAGGCCCAGCUCCAGGACCCAGCCCUGCCUGGGAACUCAAAACACCUCUGGGACCCAGCUCAUCUCAGAAACCCUGCCAAGCUCUAGAAACCAACUCCAGACCACACCCCCAGGCAGCUCUGGUAUUGAGCCAGACUUUGGGAGACAGGCCAGCUCUGGAACUCAGCUCAUCUCUAGAGCCCAGCCCAGCUCUGGGACCCAGACCAGUUCAAGAAUACAGCCCAGCUCUGGAACCCAACCCAGCUCCAGAACGCAGACCAGUUCUGGAACCCAGCUCAUCUCUGAGACCCAGCCCAGUGCAAUAAUGCAGCCCCUCUCUGGAGUCCACCUCAUUUCUGGAACUGAAACCAGCUCCAGAACCCAGACCAGUUCUGGAACCCAGCUCAACUCUGAGACCCAGCCCAGCUCUGAGACCCAGACCAGUGCAAGAAUUCAGCCCAGUUCUGGAGCCCAGCUCAGCUCCAGAACCCAGUUCAGCUCUAGAACUCAGUUCAGAUCUGAGACUCACCACAGCUCUGAAACCCAGACCAGUUCAAGAACCCAGCCCAGCUCUGGAAUCUACCUUAGUUCCAGAACCGGAUCUGUUUCUGAAACCCAAUCCAGCUCCAAAAGCCAGACCAGCUCAAGAAUACAGCUCUGCUCUAGAAAUGGGCUCCGCCCACAGACCCCUGGCCUUGACCCCAGAACCCAGACUGAUCCCACUCCCCCAGCCCAACCCCAAUACCCAGGCCCACCACCCAGAGCCCCACCUCCAGGUCCUAGGAGGGUCUCUCACCCUCAGCCCCAUGAUCUGGUUCAAGGAGCCCAGGCCGAUACUGGCCCAGGCCGAAGCCCAUCCACUUUUGCCCUGUUCCCACAGCCGUGGUCCCCCUCCGCCCCGCAGAAACCAGCCCUUCCCCCCAAGCCCCAGCUGAGACCCCAGAAGUCCACCCCACCCACCAAAUCUGUCAUCCCUAGUUCUGCCACCAGGGCGGCCCUCCUGCAUUCCCAGCCCCCUGAACCCUCAGCUCAGGGGCCUGCCCCCUCCCCCGUGCUCAGGGAGCCAGGGCCGGCUCCGCGGGCGUCAGAGCCCCUCCCCUACCAUGGGGGGCUAUAGCUUGGGGGUGACAUACUUGUGGCCCCCAUCCCCUCUCCUGCCCCUCCCAGCCUGGGUCCCCCAGAAGCAGCAGGUGACCUCAUUCCCCCACAGGCGGGGUGGGGAGGGUGAGGGAGGGUGGACACAGGGGCUUUGGUUUCACCUGGGCCUGGAU